AGACAUUGCGCUCGAAAAGGAGUAUUACGUAUUUAACAGUUGUUGCCCUAAUGUCAGUCACAAUGUUUGGAACUUGCCAUAAGUUACUGAAAGCUUAAAAUAUUCUCAACAUUUUUGUCUAAAAAGAAUCAGAUUCACUUUUAAAAAUGACUACCAAGUUCAGACAGAGUUUCAAAGUUGUCGACAAAGCUCUUUUACGCUGGUUUCCAGGCCACAUGGGGAAAGGCAUGAAACAAAUGCAGCAAAAACUGAAAUCAGUUGAUUGUAUCAUUGAAGUCCAUGACGCCCGAAUACCACUUUCUGGCCGCAAUCCAGAUUUUAAAUACUCUAUUUCAGGACUAAAACCUCACAUUUUAGUGUUGAACAAAAUGGAUUUAGCUGAUUUAAAUUAUAAAGAAAAGGUCGAAGAAAAAAUUAUGCGGGAACAGAAUAUAUCAAAAAUUAUAUAUACAAACUGUAAAAAUUCUUUAUGUCCAGGUGUAAAAAAAAUUAUGCCCACUGCAUUAAGUUUAAUAAAAAAAUCAAAUAGAUUUAACCGUUCAGAAAAUAUUGAUUCUCGAAUAAUGGUUAUUGGUGUGCCUAAUGUAGGAAAGUCAUCUUUAAUUAAUUCUGUUAGAAAUAAUAUUCUUGGAAAAAAAAGUGCUGCUCCUGUUGGAGCAGUAGCAGGUAUUACUAGAGCAGUUCAAAAUCAAAUUAAAGUGAGCCAUGACCCAUUAGUUUAUGUUCUUGAUACUCCUGGAGUGGUUUCUCCAACAAUUAAGAAUGUUGAAACUGGAUUAAAACUUGCAUUGUGUGCGACUUUACAAGAUCAUCUUGUCGGUGAAGAGAUAAUUGCAGAUUAUUUAUUAUAUUGGUUUAAUAAGAAUAAUAAUUUUGAUUAUGUUUCAUACUUAAAUUGUGAUGAACCUUCUGAUGAUAUACGAAUAGUGCUAGCAAAAGCUGCAAUUCAUCGCAAGUCUAGUAUCAAGUAUUUAAACUAUGAUGGAUCAUAUAUUUAUCGACCUGAUUUGCAAGGAAUGGCUAGAAAUUUUCUAAAUGCAUUUCGUACAGGAAUAUUUGGAAAAGUACUUUUAGAUAAUGAUUUAUUGUAAAAUAAAAAUAAAAAUAAAAAUAAUUGAACUGUUUA